AUGGUUAAGUUUCUAUUUUGGAAUUGUCAAGGAGCUGAAAGCUCUAAUAUUAGACGUUAUUUUCGUGAACAUUGUCGGACAAGUCGACCUGGAAUUGUUGCUUUGCUGGAAACUCGGAUUUGUGGAACGACUGCAGAUAAAGCUGUUCGGGCAUUCGGUUUUCAAAAUUCUUUUAGAGUUGAAGCUCAUGGGUUUAGUGUUGGAAUUUGGAUCCUUUGGAAAGACAUGAUAGAUGUUGAAAUUAUAACAGUUUCGCAUCAAUCUAUUCAUGGUAGAUGUUGGUAUGCUGAAGUAGCCCGAUGGUUAUAUUUUACGGCAGUUUAUGCGAGACCUCAAGUGGAGAAACGACGCUUAUUAUGGAGGCAUCUUAGGAACCUUGCUCAAGGAGAGAAUGAAGCUUGGAUCAUGGGCGGUGAUUUUAAUUCCAUUCUUCGCCUUGAUGAGAGGGAUGUAGGCUCUAGUCGUGGAUCAGGAGUUAAUAAGUCGUUUGCAGAUUUUAUUUUUGAUAUGGGAUUAAUCGAAGUGGACUAUAAGGGAUCUCCGUUUACGUGA